AUGCAUCACGAUGCGAUUCGUGGUUCCAGUGCUGCCAUCUGCCUCUGCGAAAUGGAGGCAGAAAAUGUGGGAUUCGCUUCUCGUGCGACCGGUCGUCGGAAAUCGAAAGACGGCAUGGAGCAUAACGCGGAGGAGGAAACGGAGCGUCUUCCGUCAUUCACGAGCAUCCGUCGUCCUCUCGAUGGCCGGCGUCGAGACCGACGAGCACUCCACACGUUCUCGACGAGCCUCGACGGGAAACGGCGUGAGGACGGGGCGAGGAUCGGCAGCGACCCCGGCCGAGUCCGCGUCUGGAGAUCCAUCGGGAAGGGGGAAGGAAUCCCACUCGGAGAGAUGGCGAUGGCGCACGGGCGACAGCCUUGGCGCCACGAUCGAGUCGGCUCCAAUAUCACAGAUGAGGAGUUGAAACUGGCAAUGGAUAAGUUUGCUGAGUCUAUGCACUUGGCCCAAGUUGGCAUGCAUAAUCUCCUGGACAAUGAUGUGGAGCUCAUUUCGCAGCUGGCUGCAUUCACUGAGGCUCUAGUUGAGUAUCAUCGACAGUGUUCCGACGUCCUCACUGGACUCCAUGAACGAAUCCUAGAAAAGAAACAUGAAGCAACUGUUCGUCCCAGACAAGACUUUGUGCCGAAAACACUGAACGACCUGAAGCUGACGAUUCCUGAUAUCAACUUUGAUGGUACGAGUGGGCGUCUACAAAAUGGGGACCUGGCCCCACCCCCAUCCUACCAUUCAGUGGUGGGACGUACAGGGUCAAAUGGUACAGCUGGAAAUAAUGCUUGGGAUCCAUUUCCAUCUGCUCCAUCAGCACCAGUCUUCAACAGCUCAUCUCCUAUCACCAGUCCAUCAAGGAGUCCCAUGAACAGCAAACAACCUUGCUGUCAGGCACUGUAUGACUUCGAAGCUGAGAAUCCUGAAGAACUUACUUUCAAAGAGGGAGACAUGAUACAGUUGGAUUGCAAGCUGGAUGACAACUGGUACCGUGGCACUGUCCAUGGUCGGUCGGGGAUCUUUCCUGUCUCCUACGUUCAAGUCUUGGUUCCAUUCCCUUGAACCACUUCCACCAUGCCACUUUGUUUCCCUUUGUGGUAUCAUUGGACUUUUUUUUCAACUUGAUUUCAGCCACACAUUCCUGUAGUGAUGUGGGAGAGUUUUUAUAUCUCCUUUUCAUUCCUUUCUUCCUCAUCCAUUCCCCAUGUUGUUGAACUGUGGAUCAUUUGCCUCCAAUUCUUAUCAACGAUCAAGUGCUCUUCUGCUUGAUUCAUUUUUAUUUCUAUUUUUUUGUCUACAUUUGCUGCAGUCAAUUGUGGUUUUGUGGCACUAGGCAUGAUGUCUGUGCCUAUUCCUCUUUCCUACUAAAUUGAAAGUAUAAAAAAUUUCAAAUUCAUCUUGAUAGUGUUCCCUCUUAUAUAUCUAUCCUCAUAUCUCCCCCAUUCCCUUGUCAUUCUCUUCACUUGUGAUAUUAUUGUUUUAUGGAAAGCAGAAGAGAAAGAAGUCUCUGCAGCCUUGAUUAGUUACUUAGCCCAAUCGGGUUCUUCAUUAUCAGUUGUGUUGAUGGUGUCCUGUCUGUAGCCAUGUCCAGCCGUGCUUAUCACUCCAGAUCCAAUUAAGUGAAUCAGUUGUUUCUCAUGAAUCAGUAGAUUUCUUGAGUUUGUGAAGGCUUCCAGUUAUUUUCAGGGAAGAGUGCUGAGCAUGGCUGUGCGUAGUGCUAUGAUGUUGUGUCGUGUUGUCCUUUUGUGCUAAGCUGAUCACCCAACCCAUGUCCAGUCGAUCAUAUAACAUGAGGUGCUAGCUUCAAAGUUAUUCUUUCCCCAAUUUGAAUCUAGCAUAAUACCACAUGAUACCUGGUACCAAAAAAAAGGGAUAAGAGGUCAGUGCAUCAUGAUAGUCCAGUUUUGUGCCUCUGAGGGAAUUGGUUCUCCUUCUAAAGUCGCCUUCACAAAGAGGCCCUUGCAUAGUUUCAGAGAAUUUAUUCAAAAGCUUCUACAAGAUCAGCUCCUUGUCAUCAUGAGCUUUUAACAACUUUUUCCCACUUUCCUGUUGGUGACUGGCCGACAUGAAAUGGUGGUAGCAUAAUUAUCCAUAUUUCCUUAUUUAAGAAAAUUACACUGUGUGAAUGAGGUUGUUCUCAUCAGUUGGGAGUAUUACUCAAAUUAUUCUAAGAUUUUGAGACAUUAGUCUAUGAAGGACUGCUCUAUGGAAAUAUUCAGGAAACUGCUAGGGAUUAGUGCCAUAUUUGCAGCAUUGGGCAGCAGUACUGUACUGGGGUGAAUCAGUGAUACCUCAAUGAUCCACAAUGAUUUUGUCUCGUUUUUCAUGGUUGGAGCAUCUCAGUAACAUUUUGAUGUGUGACGUUGAUCAUGGGAAAUUUUGUCAUUUCUCACAUCCAGAAGUAUAGGACUGGAUUAAGUUUUUUGCAACAAUUUACAAGUACGAAAUCUUGCCAUCAUUCUGCAGGGUAUGAAAAUGAAAGAACUGGAGAUCCUCUUUGUUGAGACUAUUACCCUUAGGUCUUAUACUAGAGUGUAUGGUAUUUGGCCCUGAAGUUGUUGCCUCAAGGUUCCAAGAGCAUGAUUCUAAACAGUUUUCCCUAUUCUCUAAGCUAGGCAAAGUAAAAUGAUUGGGAAACCUUGCACACUUGAAACUAGUCAGUGUGAGUGAGCGUUUAUAUUGCAUUGUGUAUCCUAGUUGAGGAGUACAAAUCCCUGUGCUGGUGUAAAACUUGAGGUCUCAUGGUUGUUGUGACUACAAGCCCCCAUAUUCCCAUUAAAAAUCUAUUUGAUCCUCUUAUUCACUUCAAAGUUUGCGUCAUAAGAGUUGAAAGAUACCUACAACAGUUGUUGCUGUUUGGAAGAAGGGGUGCCAUGAGAUUGUUCUACAUUCACUGCUUUUUUCACCUAUUGCUGAUCAAAAAGUGUUCAGAUUAUUUUUUGCUUUGAAUAUCAAUUUCAGCUGUUGAUUCCAUAAUUUUUUUUUAAGUGCUGCAGUAUGUGUGCAGCAGCCAUGAAUUUUGUAGCUCAAGUUUUUCUUUCACAGAAACUCUAAUUUGGUAUGAGGCCUAAAUUUUUUUUUUGCGUUGAGCAUGAGUCAGAAGAGUAUGCAAACCUGUCAGGGUAGUCAUAAAUAAUAUUCGCACGAUGGAUUCCCCAGCCAUUCCUCGUGUGCUUCUCCGUUGUUGUUUCGUGUCUUGGGAUGCACUUUGACAAUGCUGCACCUCCGUCAAUAUGCAUCCCAAAUCGGUUGUCUGGUUGUGUGAUGGUAUUGAUUGGAGGAAAGGUGUUGCCUUAUCAACCCGAUUCCCCUGUCGUUUCUUCAUUAUUGUUAAUGAAAUGAGUGAUGCAAUAAAUGCAUGUAUUGAGUUUGAGA